AUGAACCUCUCUAAUGUCCAGAUCUUUCUGGCAUGGAUUCUCGGUGUACUUGCCGGUCUAGUAUUCUGCUCGGAGGAUGAGACUCGUCUGGUGAAAAACCUAUUUACUGGUUACAACAAGGUGGUCCGGCCCGUUAACCACUUCAGCGAAGCCGUAGUGGUCACCGUGGGACUGCAGCUAAUACAGCUCAUCAGUGUGGAUGAAGUUAACCAGAUUGUGACCAGUAAUGUCCGUCUCAGACAGCAAUGGCUAGAUGUGAACCUGAAGUGGAGUCCAGAUGAAUAUGGAGGCAUCCGGAAGAUCAGAGUCCCUUCAACCGACAUAUGGAAACCUGACCUGGUGCUAUACAACAACGCUGAUGGGGACUUUGCCAUCAUUCAUGAAACUAAAGUCCUGUUGGAGCACACUGGGAUGAUAACGUGGAACCCUCCAGCCAUCUUUAAGAGUUACUGUGAGAUUAUCGUCCUCCACUUCCCAUUUGACCUGCAGAACUGUAGCAUGAAACUGGGAACCUGGACAUACGAUGGACUGCUGGUCGUCAUCAAUCCAGACAGCGAUCGGCCUGACCUAAGUAACUUUAUGGAGUCGGGUGAAUGGGUGUUAAAGGACUACAGGAGCUGGAAACACUGGGUUUACUACACCUGUUGUCCUGACACACCUUACCUUGACAUAACCUACCACUUCCUGAUGCUGCGGCUGCCUCUCUAUUUCAUCGUCAACGUCAUCAUUCCCUGCAUGCUGUUCUCUUUUCUCACCGGACUGGUCUUCUACCUGCCUACUGACUCCGGUGAAAAGAUGACUCUAUCCAUCUCCGUCCUGCUGUCUCUGACUGUCUUCCUGCUGGUUAUCGUUGAGCUGAUCCCUUCCACUUCCAGCGCAGUGCCUCUCAUAGGGAAAUACAUGCUCUUCACAAUGGUGUUCGUCAUCGCCUCCAUCAUCAUCACAGUCAUCGUCAUCAACACACAUCACCGCUCGCCCAGCACGCACACCAUGCCCGCCUGGAUCCGCAAGGUCUUUAUCGAAACCAUUCCCAACAUGAUGUUCUUUUCAACAAUGAAGCGCCCCAGUCAGGAGAUCCGGCAGAAGAGGUUGUUCCCUACUGACAUGGACAUCUCUGACAUCUCAGGUAACCCCACCCCCACCAGUGUCACCUACCAGUCUCCCAUCGCUAAAAACCCCGAUGUCCGCAGCGCCAUCGAAGGCGUGAAAUACAUUGCUGAGACCAUGAAAUCAGACGAGGAAUCUAACAAUGCAGCGGAGGAGUGGAAGUUUGUUGCCAUGGUUUUGGACCACAUCCUGCUCUGUGUUUUCAUGGCUGUAUGCAUCAUCGGAACGCUUGCCGUCUUUGCUGGGAGACUCAUCGAGCUCAACAUGCUGUAGAGGCCCGACCCGUGGAGGGGCACGUCUGUUGUCAGAAUAGUCGUCACACUUGGAGAUGCAUCAGAAACAUGUUCAUCUUUGGUUCUGGUUGUGUUUGCUCUCUGUCUCCCUCACACACGUACAAAGUUUGAGUUCAUUUUCAAAUCACUCACGUGUCACCUUUGAAUGUGCACGUUUGUAUUUACUGAAAUUGAAGAGAAUGCAGUAGAGCUUGCCUCUUAAAGGCAUGAGUCUUGUGAUCUACAUGGGUCAUACUUGAAGUUAUUCUUGUUUAUUAUUUGAGUUUUUGUACGGUGUUUCAUUGCUGCGAUUCACUAUGGUGAGUGUAUGUUAUUACUCUCUUUUAAAAGCCAUAACAGUACAAAUGUAUUUGUUUUGCCUUUUUUGGCAGCUUGUUUUAAGGUUUGGGUCCGAGGAUUUUCUUAAAUGUUAAAACGGACUUCUAACAUGAAAUCACGUCCGCUGUGCCGAGGAUCAACUGAGAAUGGAUGCUGUAUAGCAAAUACCUGCUCUGUCUAUUAACAUUCUCCAUCCCGUUAUUGUACUGUAGGCCAGUCGAGGGCUUCGUUUAGAGGGAUACAUAGAAACGUGUUCAGUUUGUUCAAAACUGAGCUACAAAUUCUAUUUUAUUUCCAUCCAACUUUAUUGCCAGCUGUAAAGACCGAGUCUGGUUGAUGACACAGACUUGGUCUUUGAGUGCAGGCAAGAUAUAUUCCUGCCUGGAAGAUUGGUCAUUUAUUUUUUUGCCCGACACUUGACUUGUAAACUUUUCAUUUAUAUUUAUGGGUUAAGGUUGUGAACUGUGUAAAUAUGGCUUAGUGGCAAGGUUUGCUUUGUUGCUGCAUGUAAAUUCCUCUUUACUCUGUUGAACAGUUUAAGAGCUCAUUAGUUUUUAAUGUUGUUUCGAUAAAUGAUUUUCAGCCACACUGAAAGACUAUGGUUGAAAAUUGGUUUGAACUGCUCGUACUCUUUAAAGAAAAUCUCUUUUUCAGAGAAAAUCUGAAA